AUGGAUGUGUCUCUUCUGUUUCCAGAAACGCAUUCUUAUGUUAAUGCUAGUAAAGAUAACAUUGGCAGCUCGAUUAACAAUACUUCUAGUACCUUGAAGGCUAAAUCAUUUGCUUCGGUUGUAUCCAACAAUGUUUGUGAUAUUCCUUUAAGCCAACUUCCCACUCCUUGUAUAAAAGGGGAUAAGCUGGCAAUCACAAUCCCGGAAGAAGAAUACACUCUUGGAGUAGAAGCCUGCAAGCAUCAUUUACAUGGGCGUGUGGUUUGGUCCAAGGGCUCUCAGUCGCUCAUGGUGGCGAAUCUUAGAAUUAAGAUUCUUGAACUCUGGCCUUCGAUUGGAAAAUGGGGAGUGACAUCUCUAGGAAAAUGUUUCUUUGAAUUUGCAUUUUCUUUGCUCGAAGAUGUUCAAAGGGUCAGAUCUGUUAAUAGUUGGUCACUUCCAAAUGGCAUUCUAAAACUCUUUCCAUGGACAAAAUAUUUUGUGCCUGCUACUCUGAAGCAAAUCUCUGCGCAGGUGGGGAUUAGAAUACAUGGGCUCUCUCAGGAAUACUGGAGACCUAGAAUACUCUUUGUUAUUGCCAAUAGUAUCGGCACCCUGAUCUGUAUCAAUUCGGCAUCCGAUAAAUCUGUGUUUGAAAGACCGUUUGGUCAUUUUGUUCGCAUAUUGGUGGAUCUUGAUCUUACAAAAGAACUAAGUUAUAAAAUCCUAGUCGAAAGAGUAGGGUUUGCAUUCUUUGUUGAUAUUGAAUAUGAGAAAAUUCCUGAAUUUUGCAGCUACUGCAAUAGUAUUGGUCACUCUAUCACGAAUUGCAAAAGAAAGGAACAUGUAUGCGGAAAGGGGUCUGAAACUUUGCAGAAGCAGGACAAAAGCGCUUUUAUUCCUACUAGUAGAAAGUUUGUAGUUGGAGAAUCCUCUAAAGCUAAUUCAGAGCCUCAACCGGUUGCAGGGGAUGGUGCGGAAGGAGUUGGGCACACUCAAGCUAACUUGGUGGAUACAACUGAGAAAAUACACAAGGUCAUUAAUAACGUGGUGAAUGAGGAUACUAUUCUAGUCCCAAUUCCGCAACCUCACAAUGUGGAAAUUAAGUAUACCAAUCUUGUCCUAAUUCCUCAACCUCACAAUUCUAACAACUCCCUGGAGGAUGAUGGUUCCUCAGAGAGUGAGUUUGUUGAUGCCACACAAUUGGUGGAUUUUGUUCCUGAAACUCAACUUGAGGAAAGACACAAGGAACAAGUUACGGAUUUUUUUGAAGGAAGCCUGGGAUAA